GGCUGAGAUACUGGAGAUUUACCCACUGACAGUGGUGAAAAUAAAUGUGGGAGGGGUAGUCGGGGAAACGGGCACUCAAGAAGAGGGAAUGUGCGGGGCAGAGGCCGUGGCUGAAGUCGUGGGCAAGGUGCAAGACAAGGUGAGACCAGUUCAACCCAAAAUGUAAGUAAUCCAUUAUUUGUUUGGGCACAAUGUGAACAGCCAUUUCAAAAUGAGAACACUGAUAAAGCCUUUCUUGCAAAUCCUGGUCCAAAGAGGGGAGCGAAUUCAUUAUUUCCUGUUGUUAUUUACCGAGGAAUUGGUCAUGCAAAUUGUUGAGCAGACCAACCUUUAUGCUACUCAAAACAAUGCUACUUCUUUUAGUCCAAUUUCAGUUGAGGAAUUUUAUGCUUUUAUUGGUAUUAUGAUUGCAAUGGAUUGUGCAAAUUACCCAGGAUGAGAUAUUAUUGGCAGAAAGGAAUUUUUGGAAUGGCCUGGUUCUGUAGCAUUAUGUCACGUACCAGGUUUGUUCAAAUACAGAAGUACUUGCAUGUAAGUGACAACACAAAAUGCCCACCUAGACGGCUAAAAACUAUAUAAAAUUCAACCGGUCAUCGAUGUUUUGGUUGGCACUUUUCAGAAGUAUUACACCCUUGGGCAGUCCUUGAGUGUGGAUGAACAAAUGAUUGGAACCAAGUGUACAGUUUCAUUUUUACAAUAUAUGCCAAAGAAGCCAAAGAGGUUUGGCAUCAAAUUAUGGGCUAUCUGUGAAGCAGCUACUGGGUAUUGCUGCAACUUUGCAAUUUAUACUGGUAAGCAAGAUGGUAACCAAUUUGGUCAAGCCUUUUGUUGGAAAUUGGCAUGCUGUCUAUUUUGACAAUUUCUUUUCAUCUGUGCUACUGGUGUCAGAUCUGCUAGAGCAACAAGUUCUGUCAUGUGGAACAAUCAGAAAAAAUCGUGUUGGGCUACCAACAGGAUUUGGUACCGAGAAGCUGAAAAAGGGGGAACAGAAAUUUUGGAAGUCCGGUAACAUGACCGUUGUCCACUGGAAAGACAAGCGUGAUGUCUUUGCCAUCUCAUCUCGUCAAGGUAAUGGAAUGACAACAAUCCCACCAAGAAGAGAAGCUGAUGAUGUAGAGAAGCCAAACAUUAUAUGUGACUAUAAUGACAACAUGGGUGGAGUAGACCGGUUGGACCAAGUCAUUGCAAACUGUGAUAUGCAGCGCAAGUCACAGAAGUGGUGGAAGAAAGUCUUUGUUCGUAUGGUUGAAUUGUGUGUGGUCAAUGCUUUUGUACUAUUCCUGCACAAAAAUCCACAACACAAGAAGAAAAACAGUGUGCACAGAGCCUUCCAUGAGACACUAGCUAUCCAGCUAACGCAAAGUCUCUUGGAUAAGAAAGCUGACAUACAAGUCCCCAUUAGCCCACUACAAAAGUGA